ACCUGGUACCUCUUUUGUGAAGCGGCAGCUGAGGAGAGUCUGGCGCUGGCCAUGGCCGAUGAAAAGCCCAAGGAAGGAGUCAAGACUGAAAACAACGAUCAUAUUAAUUUGAAGGUGGUGGGGCAGGAUGGUUCUGUGGUGCAGUUUAAGAGGCAUAUACCACUUAGUAAACUAAUGAGAACCUAUUGUGAACGACAGGGUUUGUCUGUGAGGCAGAUCAGAUUCCGAUUUGAAGGGCAGCCAGUCAAUGAAACAGACACACCCUCACACCUGAAAAUGGAGGAUGAAGAUACAGUUGAUGUGUUCCAGCAGCAGACAGGAGGUGUCUACUAA